CGGAGGUCAGAUCUCGCGAGGCCUGCUCUGUCUCGCGAUAACUAAGUUGAGCCAGCCGCUGCCUUGGCUACCAGGCUCCUCAAGAGGCAGCUUUUGUAGUGGAGCUACGGAGGCCGGGUUGCCCGGUUACGGGAAAAUAUUGAAGAAGCUUGGAGUAACACGAGUCAGAGUAAUAAAGGAUCUGCAGGAAAUCCCUCAAGACAGUUGUCUUAGGAAAAGAAGAAUUUAUAGACUUCAUCAAGAUCUUCAUUUACGCAACUGUUAACUUGAAGGCUAUCGUGGUGAAACCAUGAAUAAAAAUACAUCUGCUGUAGCAUCAUCCAGUCUACUUGAAAAAGAUCCUGCCUUUCAGAUGAUUACAGUUACCAAGGAAACAGGCCUUGGUCUGAAGAUCCUUGGAGGAAUUAACCGAAAUGAAGGUCCCUUUGUGUAUAUUCAGGAAAUCAUUCCUGGAGGAGACUGUUACAAGGAUGGACGUUUGAAGCCAGGAGAUCAACUUGUCUCAAUAAACAAGGAAUCUAUGAUUGGCGUAUCAUUUGAAGAAGCAAAAAGCAUAAUUACCAGAGCCAAGUUGAGGUCAGAAUCUGCUUGGGAGAUAGCAUUCAUAAGACAAAAAUCUGAUGGCAGUCAUCCAGAAAAUCCAUCAUGCACAUCCCUUUUACAAACUUCAGGAGAAUAUGGACCUCAGGCCUCAAUGUUUAGUCUUCUUUCUUCUCCCCCUGAAAUACUAAUUCCAAAGAUCUCAUCCACUUCCAAAACUACAGAUGCCUUUUCACCUUCCUUUAAGAUAAAUCAGUUAAAAACUGGAUACAAGAAAACAGAACAGCCUCCAGUUGCUUCUUCAGACAACAGCCCUACGAAUACGUCUAAUACAGAUACUGCCCCUGUCUGGACUGAUAAUUAUGGACCACAAGGAAAGAAGAUUUCUCUAAAUCCCUCUGUUCGCCUGAAGGCAGAGAAACUGGAAAUGGCUCUAAAUUAUCUUGGUAUUCAGCCCACAGAGGAACAACACCAAGCCCUGAGACAGCAAGUGCAAGUAGAUCCAAAGGGGACGGUGUCUUUUGGAGAUUUUGUCCAGGUUGCCAGAAACUUGUUUUGCUUGCAGUUGGAUGAAGUGAAUGUUGGUGCACAUGAAAUUUCCAACACAUUAGAUACACAGCUUCCUCCUUAUGAUUCCUUAGAAGCUGAUAAAAUGGAAAGGCUUAAGCGUGAAAGAAAUGAUGCUUUGGAAGAACUGAAUACACUUAAGGAAAAAUUAUCUGAAUCAGAAAGGCAAAGGAAACAGUUGACAGAAGAACUCCAAAAUGUGAAACAAGAAGCCAAAGCUGUAGCUGAAGAAACAAGAGCCCUGCGAAGUCGGAUUCAUCUUGCCGAAGCUGCACAGAGACAGGCGCGUGGAAUGGAAAUGGACUAUGAAGAAGUGAUCCGUCUGUUAGAGGCUGAGAUUACAGAGCUAAAGGCUCAGCUUGCUGAUUAUUCUGACCAAAAUAAAGAAAGUGUUCAGGAGUUGAGAAAGAGAAUCACAGUGCUUGACUGCCAAUUGCGAAAGUCAGAAAUGGCUCGAAAAACUUUUGAGACAUCCACUGAAAAGCUUCUUCAUUUUGUAGAGGCUAUUCAAGAAGUAUUUUCUGAUAAUUCUGCUUUAUCAACUUUAAGUGAAAGAAGAGCUGCGCUGGCUUCUCAGACGUCCCUCAAGCCAUGGGGGAGGGGUGGCCGUAGCACCCCAGCCACGCUGGCGCUGGCGUCUAAGGAGCUCGUCGAGUCUGUCCGUGCCAUCCUUGAUGUAGACUAUCUACCUUACGGGUGGGAGGAAGCUUACACAGCAGAUGGAAUCAAGUACUUCAUCAAUCACGUAACACAGACUACAUCCUGGAUCCAUCCUGUGAUGAGUGCACUGAACCUGUCUUGCUCAGAGGAGAAUGAAGAGGAUUGCUCCAGAGAACUUCCUGACCAGAAGAGUUAAUAGUUUUCUGUAGGAGGUUGAGCGCCAUGGUCUUCUAGCAUCUCAGUCCACGCAGAUGACUCUGAGACUCAAUGGUCUAAAAUAGGAGUAAAACAUACUAUUUAUUGAAGUUGUGAAAAUGGAGACUCUGGAUUUAGCCUAUUUUUGUAAAACUUUUUGAUAUAACUGUAUACAUUUAUUCACGAGGUCAGUUGCCACUAUAGUAGUUCUUUAAGAAUAAUCUAGUCAUAUUUUUUUGAAAUCAUAUGUAACUAGUUUUUUGUAUUAUGUAUACUUUUUCAUAUGUAAUUAGAUAUUUGUAAUUUUAUAUACAAUUCUUUAUAGUGUAUCUGAUAUAAUGAUUUUUAUAACUAAGACUUACGUUGGAAAAUUAUAUGAACAUAGUGAAACACUUCAUUUAUUUGAUAAUUCACCAACCUUUUAUAUUUGUAUGAUAGGAAAGUGAUUUAAGAAAGCUGUUGGUGUUUUUUAAAGAACACAGUUAGACAGCUAUCUCACAGGCUACUGAAUACAGUCUGCAUUUUUAUGGGGCUUUCUAAUUUACAUAAUGCUUUUCAGACCCUGUUUUAUUUAAACCAUAUAACACGCCUGUGAGGCACAUCCAGUGGGUAAUUUCUAUUCUUGUUUUUCAGUUAGGGAAAUAGUGGUUCAGAGAAAUGAGGCGCCUUGUCCUGGAGCCGAAACCCAUACCUAAAUCUUCUGAUUCCACGCCCAGGCCUCUUUCCACUGCACCCUGCUGUCCCAGCAGAGGGAGGUUACAGCCCAGCACGCAGGGCACCGUGGUUCUGUUGAUGCAGCUGAGCUCCACAGCUGUGCACUACGGUGGCCGCAGAGAUUCAGAAGGCACCUUGAGUUAAACAUGACCCCCACAUAACCCCACUGUUCUCCUAUAAACCCAACCCCCUUCUUCACCCCAAACCCUCCCCAGGUAAGAGCAUGGUUUUGUGAAUUUUCAACGGGCUUCUUGCAGCUGCUCGCAUUCUCCCGAAGUAAAAGGGUUGGCUCACAUCAGGGAAUCUCCCUGCUUAGGUUGCCCUUGCCAGAAGGAGCAGUUGAGGAGAGGUGAUGAGAAGAGGGGCACCCAGACUCUCCUCUGUUAUUAAAGGAGAGACAUCCUUGGACUCUUCUGCUGUGAGUCCAAGGCUGGCCUCAUUAUUGCUGAUAUCACCCUUCAAAUUAAUUAUACUUUUGAUCUUAUUUUAUUUUACAGUAAGGAUGUUACUAGACAGUUUCUUUCAGUAAUAAGCCAUUGACUUGGAGUGCUAAAGAUUUUCUCUCAGUUUAAUGAUUAAAGCCUGGAGCUAAGAAAUGGGAGGGUGGAAUGGGGAGAACAUCAUUUUAAAUGUCCUGGGCGUUAGGUACCAACUGAAUAAUAAAAAGGCACUUAUUCUUAUCCAAAGUUUUAUUUUUAGGUAAUAUACUUAGAAAGUAAGAGUCAUUCAUCAGAAUCCCUGUUCCAAAACCAUACCUGGUAACAUUGGGAAGCCAUUGUUUGUCACUCUGGCCUAUUCUUUUCUCUCUCCCGGCCCAUCACUAAUAUUCCUCCUUCUUCUUAUCCUCCUCUCCUCUUCCCUCCCUUCUCUUGCUCUCCUUCUCUCCCCACCUCUGAAGUACAAAUAGGAAAACAACACAGAACUUUGAGGAACCUUGGGGAUCAUCAGAUUCAGUGAUUUACAAACAUUUUCUGCUGAAAAAGACUCAUUUUUCAAAUGACUUCUUAUGCAGAAUCCCAAUAUAUAUUAACAGAUUUAAAUAUAUAUAUAUAUUGCUGCUCUGCUUGAAACAAGGCCUGGAGCCCAAUGAAAGCAGCCCCCAGCACUGCUGUGCAAACCUGGGCUCCUCAGGAUGUCGAGUAAGAAUCAUCAGUCCUAAUUGUUUAUACAGUGAGACAGUUAGUGGCCAGGGCAAGAUUAGACCUAGAUCCUAAGUCUCCUGGUCUAUUAAAUUUCAUAUGGCAUAUAAUAUAGAUGUCUCUCAUAAAUAUAUGUAUACAUUGUGUUCAUCCAUACAUUUCUGACGAUAUGUAGGAUUUAUAAUUUAUGUCUUGAAUUAAAUAGCAAGGUCACAUCAGACUGGUAGUCACCCAUUAGCCCCGAGAAAAGUUUCAGAAUGGCUGGAGAAGACUUGUGUUUCACCUGACAGCUCGUUGAAUAUUAGGAAGCUUUAACAAGACAAGUUUUAAGAGAAGCCCCUGAGGGAGCUCCUUCCUUGUAUCCCCCAGAGGUGAGAUUCUCAAACACCUGAAGUUACUUUUAUAAGUUCGUAUGUAUAAUUGUGAAAGUACAGACUUUUCGUUGUUGCCAAAUUAAUGGUAUGAAAUUUCCUUCCCCAUUCUGAGAGUGUUUUUCUCAUUUGUUUCUAGUGAGGAAACACGGAGGAGAUGUGACUAGAGUCACUUGAGAUCAAGGUCCUCGGGCACACAUUUCACUGACAGACACCUCAUAUGUUAACUUUGCUGUUUUGUGCCACUUUACUCUCUGCUUCUGUCAAAUACCUAAUGAAAAAGGCCUAUAAAAAUUGUAAUAUUUAUUAAGCAUUUUGCGCCAUACAUUAUGAUUAGCAGUUUACGUAUGUUAUUUCAUUAUCGUCUUAAAACAACCCAUGAGGCAGGAAUUAUAAUUACCUUAUUUUGUGAAGGAGAAACUUAGGUUUAGAGAGAGUUGCUAAUCUUUGCUUUACAGUCACACAGCACCUACAUGUAGAAGCUGGGUUUAAGGCAGGUCCCACAGAGCCAGUUUUGUGCAGAGCUUAGAUUUCAUUGUGUGUGAUUCUAAGGGCGGAGCUGGGAUCUGCGGGUUAAUUUUACAAAGAGGCAGGUUCCGGUGCAGUGAAAUAAGGAACUUUCUGGUAGUUAGUGCUCAGGAAGAAUUUCCCUGAGGAGAAUGUGGAAGCCCUGUUCCAGGUGGCGUUCAGUCAAUCUGAACUCCUUGCUAUAGGAAUGUUGCUGAGGAUGUUCAGCGUCUGAAUUGGCUGGAACCAUUUGAGCAGUCUCUGAAAUCCUUUCCUCUUUAUGCUUCUGUGGCCUCUAAACCAACAGAUAAAUGCCCUAAGAGAUGCUCAAAGAAAUAUAUGGUGGGGACUCAUUAAGAAUUUUUUUCCAUUGCAGAACAAACCCCAAGUUAUUAUUUGGUGAGUUGACGUUUACAUAGCUAAUCUUUCUUUAAUAUAAAUCAACCCUAUCAACAUGGUCACUGUAAACUCUUCUCCAUUGACCUACUGACUCCAAUUUUAGGGUUAGAACAAUGUUCUCAGUGUUCUAUUGUCCUUCCAUCUUAUACUAAAGAGCAACCAGGUUUUGCCAUCUUUAUUCAUUCUCAGAAUAUUUCCUGAGCACCAACAGUGAGCCAAGGAAGCGCUGUGUUCGGCACUAUGGUGAAGUCAGCCAAUUAGCUUGCCACUUCCUGGGUUCUGCUUAUUGUUGGUAGAGAGUAGAAAGCUCCUCAGGUGGCCAGAAUUGAGCAGCUCCUCUUAAAUUUUUGAACUUUAAAAACAUCUAUUUCUAUUUAAAAAAAUCAAGUAGUAUAGCAUUGAAAAAAGUAAAAAAAGAAAAAGAAAAAAAAAAUAGCCCAUCUCAGUUUCCAGAGAUAGCUAAUAUUAAUCACUAAUAUUUGAUGAGAAUUUUCACUUUAAGGAAGUCAUACUAUUAAGCAGCUUUCUUUUGACUUAAUUUACCGUGGUCAUUAUUAUUUUUAUGUGAAUACAUAGGUUAAUGUUUUAUUUCAAAUGUCUGGAUAAAAUACUACCCAAAUAACUCAUAAUUUCUGUAGCCAGCAAUCUGUCUAUGGACACUUAGGCCGUUCGAAGUUUUCUUCUGUUACUAGCAAUGUCACAGUGAAACUUCUUAUAUUUAAAUUUUUAUAUUCAUUAAAUCCUUUUCCUCAUAUACCUGUCUUGUGCCAACAUGUCUAUAGUGGGAAUACAUUCAUGACGGUAAAUUGCUAUGUCAAAGAUAUGCUCAUUCUAAUUUUGGAAGGUAUUCAUAAAUUUUCCUCCGUAAAAAUAGAACCAAUUUACAUUACCACCAAUAGUAUAUAACAGCCUCUUUUCUUUAUAUUACAGGACUUGUUUUGGUCCUAAGACUGCCAAUAAUGUUUCCAGUUGUUUUUGUCUUCGGAAAAGUAACCUUCUUUCAUCAUUGCCUAAGGACCUGAACUUUUUCAUUAUUAGGUUUCAGUUAAUUGUCCUGCAGCAGCAGAGACUGACUCGCUGUGUAGAGAGGAGUCUGGCGGUGAUGAAUUCACUGUCAAACACAUUGGUGCUCUCAGCUUUUUACCUGAAAAUAUUGACCUUUCCUACUUUAUGUAUAACUGUGAUGAGGACCAACUUUUAAGUGAUAGCCCUUGGAAAAGUACAAGGCACAAUGCAAACUGACCUACAAGUUUUUUGAGCCUCAGUUUCCCCAUCUGUAUAAGGAGGAUAGUAAUACCCUGUCUCUUUCCAAAUCAGUUCAAUUCAGCAACCAUUUCCUGAGCACCUGCUAAAUGCCAGCCAGACAAGAUGCAAGGCUGUGAAGUGACCACACUAAGUGGUACUGGUUCCCAAAUCAAGAAGCUCAUAAUCUAAAACCUUUUUCCUUUCUUUUCUUUCUUUUUUGUUUUCUUUUCUUGCAAAAAUCUUUUAUUUUUUCCUGAAAGGAGUAAGAAGUUAGGGGUUUGUUUAGUAAGAACCCCUUGAAGAGAGGCCCUUUAUCACUCUCUGAAACUUAAAUAAUUCCAAAAUAAUAUUAACAACACCCCUCGACUAGAAAUGAAAAGAAACAUACUGUAUGAAGGACCUCUCCAAUAAUAAAUGCAAAGCAGCUGUAAAAAUAUAGAGUCAAAUGAUACUUUCAUAAAAUGUUUUCAAAAUUAGAAAAUAUUAUUCUUUAGGGGGAAACGGGACAUUUUUAUUUUCUCUGCUAAGUACAAUGCAAUUUUUUCAAGGGUCAGCAAACCUGAAUUUUACAAUUUAUAGAACAGAAAGAACUGAGCUAACUUUAAAACUCUACUAAAACUGAUGUACUCUACUACGUAUAAUUUUGGAGAUGAUGAAAAGAACUUUAAACAGACUAUGCCUAUGGAGCUUAACUUUAGAAAUAAAAUACCCAAGAUGUUUUAACCACAGCUAUCCACAUAUAGUUUCAUUGUACCUGCAUGAUGAUUAUGUAAAUAUUAAAUGCAAUUCUGUA